CAUGCUCCCCCCCCCCUCUCUGAGUAAAAUGUGGGAAGGGGACUACCUCCAAGUUCUGCAACUGCAUCACAAUCUUUGACUCUUGGCAAAUUUUGGGAAGGCGGGUAGGACUCAAGGAAAAGGUUUACUUAGUUUCCUACACGGAGGCAGCCUUUUAAGGGGACAUAUCAUGCUCUUAAGUUCUGUUCUUGCCCCACAGCCCCUCUUCUCCCCCUGUUCUGAGGUGUGUCUAAGAGCAACUCGUUUAGGGGCCGUUUCUUUGACCCCGCCCCCUCCAGGCUGCACUCCACCCCAAUCGGCCAUUUUUGUAGUCUGCCGGGGGACGGUGUAAUGAUGGAUUGUGUGGGUCCAUACACCCAACAACCCAACGUUUUGCAUCACGGGGGUCGGUAGCUUUUACAGUUUCCACUUCUCCACUUGUGCCUUCGGCAGCGUUGAGCCUUUACUACAUAGUUCCAGCGAGAAAUUAAAAUGGCGGAUUUCCCAAAACUCGGUAAGCCGGAAGUCCUUGACCUUGUUUUGGAGCUCCGCAGCAAACACAAUUGUAAAAAAAAAAAUGUAUUUGGGGAUGGAGAAAACUGAACUGAAAAAAUAUGACCUAAAUAGAAUAGAAAUAUGUCUAUGCAGCAUCUGGACUUCCACAAAUGACCAAGUACAGAACCAAAUGUGUUUAAAGGCUAAAGAAAGUGGAUGUUGCAUGUUAUGUCUCCUUUAACCCUACAUCGGUGUCAAACCGUGGACUCCUGAAACUCCUGGUGACUUAAUCUUAAGCCUCCCAUCUCAAUUCCUAAGGCUGCUUGGGCUUAUCUCAGGGAUCAUUUUGAACACUUUAUUGUUCAAGUUUCCACUAUCAGAGCCAAACUGGCCGAAGAAAGGAGUCGGUUAGGAUGCCAUGAACUGGAAGCUGCUGGGACACCAAACAUCUCAGAUCAGCUGAGACAAAGACUGUGCCGUUUCAACGCAGCACCAAUAAGUAUAUUCAGAGGAAUCUAAGUAAGUCAGUCAAAUCUAACAACUGUAGCUACUGUCAAGUAGGGUGGUUAUUAAAUUAUUUUUUUUACUUAUUUUUUGCUCCACUUACGGAAAAACAACUAGAUUUUACUCUACGAAUCACACGUUUGUUUGCGUCAACAAGCUUCUGGCACAAUCCCGCCCAACGAUUAUAUCACUCUUCUUGACUGUGUGUUUGUGGAAUUUAUUUGAACUAAUUAAUAUGAAUUAAUCCGGUUAUUAUGAUUGGUUUCCUGGCAGCGAUUUGAUGGCUCUGUUGGUAGCACUGUUGCCAUGCAGCAGCAAGGUCCUGAGUUUGAAUCCUGGCCUGGAGUCUUUCAGCAUGGAGUUUGCCUGUUUGCCUGGUGGGUUCUCUCAAGGCAUCGCUCUGCUCUACCUGCACCUCCACAGCAUCUUCAGAGAGGAAUCCUUCCUGCAGAAAGCGCUGGACUACGUCAGCCACAGCCUGAAGUAUCUGACCCGCCGCCACGACGUCACCUUUCUGUGCGGAGACACCGGGCCGCUGGCCGUCGCCGCCGUGGUUUACGCCCGCCUCCAGAGGGCGCAGGAGUCCGAAGAAUGCAUCAACAGGCUGAUGCAGUAUCACCAGACGGUGGCGAGCGGGACGGGGGGGCUGCCGGACGAGCUGCUCUACGGGCGGGUGGGCUACCUCUACGCCCUGGCCUUCAUCAACCAGCAGCUCGGCCAGGACCGCAUCCCGCUGCAGUACAUCCAGCAGAUCAGCGAGGUCGUUCUGGCGUCCGGCGAGACUCUCAGCAGGAAGUACAGGUUCCAGAACCAGAGCCCGCUGAUGUACGAGUGGUACCAGGAGCAUUAUGUCGGCGCUGCUCACGGGCUCGCCGGUAUCUACUAUUUCCUUAUGCAGCCGGGCUUCGUUUCCGCAGAGGAACACGUGCACAGGCUGGUGAAGCCCAGCAUCGACCACGUCUGCCGCCUCAGGUUGCCCUCCGGGAACUACCCCCCCUGCAUCGGGGACGACCGGGACCUGCUGGUGCACUGGUGCCACGGCUCCCCGGGGGUGAUCUACAUGCUCCUGCAGGCGUACAAAGUUUUUGGGAUCCCUCAGUACCUGGAGGACGCUCUGCAGUGUGGGGAGGUGGUGUGGCGCUGGGGUCUGCUGAAGAAAGGGUACGGCCUCUGCCACGGGGCAGCUGGGAACGCCUACGCCUUCCUGGGCCUCUAUCGGCUAACGCAGGACCCCAAGCACCUGUACAGAGCCUGCAUGUUUGCAGACUGGUGCAUGAACUACGGAAGACAUGGAUGCCGGACGCCGGACACCCCCUUUUCUCUCUUUGAAGGCAUGGCCGGCACCAUCUACUUCCUGGCAGACCUUCUGCAGCCAAUGAGAUCGAGAUUUCCAGCUUUUGAGGUGUAGGAAAUGUCCACAGGUAGUCCCUGCCCACCUCUAAACCACCCACACUGCAGAAAAUUAUAACAAAAAGAAGACUUGCUGUCAUACGCAUGCAAGGACACAACAAUAUCUUCUUUAUUCCGGCAACAUACCGUCUUGUUACGCAGACAAUUCCUGUUUUAUCUCACAAAUUAGCUAAGCUUUCUGGUGCUUAUUAGUUCUUUCUUGGGUGAUGUUGUUUUCAGUUAUGGGGUAAAGAAACGAGGGAGUAAAUUUAAAUUCUAGAUGUUCUAAAGUCUAGGUUGAAAGAAGGAUUGAGUAUGUUUUUGUUUUCCUAAAGUGUAGCAACGCUUGAUCUGCAUUAGUGACUAAACAGUUCAAGCUGUGCCAUGUGAUAUUGUCCCAACUGUACGGGUUGAAAGAAUCGCAUCUUUAGUUGACUUUGCAUCUGCUUGUUUUUGUUUUGCUUUUUUUUUUUUGUUUGUUCUUGCAGCAGCAGCAGCAGCUAGGUAACUACACUAGGUGGCAGCAGAGAGUUAUCAGGCGAUGGUGUUGAAUGAUAAAGUUGACACUAGGUCUCCUUAGAAAUUUUUUUCACAGCCAGAUCUGUUAAUUUGACCAAAUCCACAUCACGCAGAAAGCAGAAACAAAAGCAUUUUUGAAAUUGAAUAUUAACGUUAUUAAAUGUUAGCUUAAUUGUAAUCCAAAUCAUCUCAAAUCUUUUUAUUGUAGUUAUAUUAAAUAUUUGUCUCAAGAAGUUAAGUUUCUUAUCCGAAAAUGGCUCUUGAAAUCCAAUCAGCAACAAAAUCCGACUUUUUUUUUUUUUUUUUUUUUUUUU